AUGGCUCCCCGACGCAAAUCCUCUUGCUUCGUCGUCAUCCGCGCCCGGUCCAACGGCACAUUCUACACAGGGAUCCGCGCCGACGGCGCUCGCCUCACCCUCGGCACAUUCGCUACUGUGGAGCAGGCGGCAGGAUCCUACGACGCGAUGGCAUGGCACCUCGAGCGCCCGCGCCAGCAGCUCAACUUCAAGGACUGCGAACCGGUCGAGGAGGCAGAGUUCCUCUUUGGCUUCGAAAAACUCGUCACCGCCGAGCAGCGUCGCCGCCGCCAUCUUCAGUGCCACCUCACCAUUGCGGAGGCGGACGAACGGGCCAUGGAGGCGUGGCGCGCCGCCUCCCCGCGGGACGUCCUUGACAAGCAUGCCUUCUACACGGCAAAGAAGGCGGAGAUGGACGCCAUUCACGCGCGCAAGAGGUGGAUCGAGGCGCAGUACGCCGGUCCGCAUGCCAUCGACGACGACGAUGACCGGUGGGCCGAUUUGGUCUUGACCGAGCCACCAGACUCUCCGGGAUCGGACUUUGAUUUCUCCGAUGUCUAG